CCGGUCACGUGCGCUUCGCGGAACCAAUCGGAACCGCGCGGGGGUUUCAAAUGGGGCGGCGGCGGGGCGCAGGCGGCAGCGGGGAGGGGGCCAUGCAGGCCGCGCGCGGCUCCACCGGGGGUGCGGGGCACCGGGGGGGGCCCGGUAGCGGUACCGAGAUGCAGCGGAGACCCCUGAAGGAGCUGCGGCUGCAACCGGAGGCGGAGGGCAGCGGCCUCACCCCGCUGCUGCGCCGCAUGCGGCUCGAGGACCGUGGCAGCUGCACCCCGGUGUCCUGUGCUCGCCCCCACCCCAUCCGCCUCUCCGUGCCCCCCCCCAGGGCCGUUAUCCCGCGUUUCCCCAGCCUGGAGUCUCUCAGCAGCAUCACCCCGGAGCCCUCCCCAGGCGCUGUCACCCCAGGGUCCCCCACCCUGCACGAGUCCCCCCCCCACGUCCCACUGGGGGCUGAGUCACCGGAGCUCCCCCCUGCUGAUACCACCCCAGAGCCCCCCGGCAGUGCCACCUCGGGGCCUGAAGCCCCGGAGCCCCCAGGUGACACCUCCCCGGAGCCUGCUCCCCCCUGCAGUGCCCCCCCAGGGCCCCCCAACAGCCUUAUUUCAGGCCCCUGCUUCCCCACCCCCCCCAGCAGCACCCCGCUGGUGCCCUACUCCCCUGACCUCUCAUGCCCCUGCACCCCAGCCCCCCCCAGCAUCAGCAGCUCAGCGCCCUGCAGCCCCCCCUUGCAUCCCCCCAGCAGCACCAGCCCAGCCCCCUGCACCCCGAGCCCCCCCGGUACCUCCACCCCUCAGGAGGCUCCCUUCCAUGGGGGGGGGCACACGGUGCCCACCGACCUCUCCUGCAGCCCCGAGGGCACUAGCGAUGGGGGUGAGGCUCUGCCCGCUUGCCCCAGCACCCCUGGGACUGCCACGUCCCCAAUCCCUCCCCUCCCGGAGCAGAGCCCCCCCCAAAAUGAGGCAGCUGAGUUGGAGCCCGCAAGGGCUGAGCCAGCGGCCACCCCGCUCCCCUCGUCGGAGCCGUCCCCGGGGGCCUUAUCCUGGGCGUUGCUGCUGGUGUGGCUGGAGAGGAACCUUCAGCCCCCGUCCCCGCUGGAGUCCCUGCGGCACAGGCUCCCCCUGUCCGUGCCAUGGCGGGACGUGGGCACCGGCGUCACCCCCGUGGGCACCGGUGUCACCCCCAUGGGCUCCAGCGUCACCCCCGUGCGCACUGUGGCCGUGGGCACCAGCAUCACCCCCGUGCCCACCGUGGCCGUGGGCACCAGUGUCACCCCCCUGCCCACCAUGGCUGUUGGCACCAGCGUCACCCCCGUGCCCACCGUGGACACCGGCACCGUCAUGACCCCGCGGGACCCCCAGGACAGGAGCCCCGGCACAUCUGCAGUGGCUCACGCCAAGGACAGCGCCACCGAGACCGACUCGCUGCUCUCGUACUGUCCCCGGGAGCAGCUGAGGUCCCUGUCACGCACGGAGCUGGAGGGGAGGCUGGAAAACGCCCUCAUCAUCAUCGAGGUGCUGGUGCUGCAGCUGCGCAGCUGGCAGGAGAGCCAGAGGUCGCUCCCCAGCGUGGGGCCGGCCAAGCAGCGGGACGCCCCCGCCCAGACGGACAUCACCUGGUCCCAGGGGGAGGAGCAGAUCUACCACGGGCUCUACCUGGAGCUGCACAAGAAGAGCCAGGCUCUGCAGCGGCAGCGGGGCACCGAGCAGGAGCUGGCGCAGGAGCUGGCGCAGGCGACGGAGGCGAUGGACACCUGGGCCAGGCAGGGCCUCCAGCUACGCAGCCUCGCGGAGCGUGCCCUGCGGAGCCUGCAGGAGGAUCAGGGAGCCCUGGCACAGGAGAAGGAGCAGGUGAAGGCUCUGGUGUCCCGCUGUGUGGCCGUGCUGCAGAGCGUGCCCGGCAAGCUGCGGAGCUGCCUGCAGGAGCGGGAUGAGGCGCAGCAGCGAGCAGACGAAGCCCUUCGAGCCAAGGCGGAGUGUGACAGCUUCCUGGAGGCUUUCAGCUCCCACGCCAGAGCCCAGAUCAACGCCCAGAACCAGAGUUUGGCGUCCCAGCAAGAGCUGCUCGGGCUGCUGGAAAGCACCAUCCACCAGCAGGCUUCUCUGGCUGCAGAGUCUCAGCUCUUCCGUGAGCUCGCAGACAUCGCCUUCGCAAACCUGCAGGAGGAGCAGAGGGUGCUGGACGACGAGUGGGAGCGGGUGAGGGCCCUGGUGUCCCGCUGCACGGCCCUGGCCUGGAAGAUGCCCGACAAGCUGCAGAGCUGCCUGCAGGAGCAGGAGGAGGCGCAGCAGCGAGCAGACGAAACCCUUCGAGCCAAGGAGGAGGUGUCCCAGCGGCUGGAGGAGACCUCGGCGGCCCUGCAGGACGCGGUGGCUCAGGUGGAGCAGCUGACGGUGACCAAUUCACGCCUGGGUGCAGACCUGGGCACCCUGAUGAAGCAGCUGGCCAGCGCGCAGCAGGAGCGGGACGCGCUCCAGCAAGAAACCACAGACCAAAAGGAGGAGAUCUCCCGGCUGACGAGGGGGCGGGAUGCCCUGCAGCGGGAGUGCGGCGAGCUGAGCCAGGAGCUGCGGGAAGCCACGGAGUGCCGGGAGUUCCUCGACCAGGAGAACCGCAUGUCCCGGCGGCAGCUGAUGGAGGUGGAGGCCAAGCUCAAAUCCACGCUGGCCGAGCUGCAGGAGCGCAGCCUGCAGCACGAGAAGCUGAAGGAGUCCCACAAGUGCCUGCAGGACAAGCAAGCCGCCCUCCUCAGGGAGCUGGAGAGAACCAAGGCUGAGCUCCAGGACUCGCAGAUGAAGAGGGAAAAGGUCUCCUGGUGCCUGGCGGACAUCGCCGACAGCAAGCUGAGGCUGCAGGAGCUUGCCGACUGCCUGCGAGCCUCCCUGGAAAAGGAGAAGGACGAUGACACCCCGCUGAGGAGCAGAACCUGGACCCCAGCCCCACGGAUCCCCGCACACCGCACCCCGUACCGCGCCGGGGGCUCCGUGGGCAGCGCCCUGAAAAACACAUCGGGGAGAGCUCCUCUGCCCUCACCUCCCGCAGAUGGCAAUGAAGCUGCCGGAUUUGGGAGCGUGCCCCAGACGAAGCCUAGCAGUGAUAAAGUUUUUUCCACGCCAAAGCGAGCAGAGCCCGAGGGUGACCUGAUAGAGAGGGUGGCGGAGCUGAGGGCCGUGGUCUCCGAGCUCUCCUUGCUGAGCACCCGCAUCCAGGAGCUGGAACAGAGCGAGUUCAAGGCGCUGGAGGCCAAGAUCUCCAAGCUGCAGCGCAGGCUGGAGAAGGUGACGGACGAGAGCCAGGAGAGGAUGGAUGACCAGGCCGCCACCAUUGCUAAGCUGAACAAGGCGCUGCAGGGCAAGAUCCAGAACGAGAAGGUGCUGCAGGACAUCUUGAAACAGCAGGAGGAGCACAUGCUGGAUCUCAUCGACAAGAGCGGGGAGGUGACGAGGCUGAAUGGGGAGGUCUCGCAGCUGAGGCGCUCGCUGCAGCGCGCCGAGACGGAGGCCAAGGUGCUGUGGGAGGAGGUGCGGGGCCAGGAGCCCAAGGUGGACGCUGCCCGCGUCCAGGAGCGGAUCCUGAUGAGGCAGGAGGUGGACAAACUGCGCCUGCUGCUCCUGGAGAAGAUGGAUGAGAACUCGCAGCUCUCCGACAAGUACCUGGAGCAGAUCCAAGGCCUGGAGCUGAGGCUCCAACAGAGCCAGAAGCUGCUGAAGGCCUACGAGGAGACGCAGGAGAAGAUGAAGAAGGUCCUGUCCUGUCCCCAGGUCCUCUCGGUGCUCCCUGCAGUGUCACCAGCCUGCCCCGAGCUCCUGGCCCUGCUGCGCUACCUGGACCUGAAGCCACCGAGCGCUGACAGCGAGGAAGAAGCCCCCGAGCCGCAGUAGCCCCUGGUGCUGCCCCCUUCCCCUUCCUAACCCUGGCAUUGUUUAUUCAAUAAAGUCUUUUUUUUUUUGUUGGCAUUUCA